AUGGCUUCUUCAAAGAUAGAUGUUUCCUUAAAUCCUACAUGGGAUAAUAAUGUUGCAGCGUUAUUUAGCAGACCGUUCUGGACGGCUAUCGACUCUGAUCCUGAGGCUGUUGGGAGACAUUGGAUAUCAGAGAUGCGCGAUUAUAGCCCUCCUUACCCCAGACACCUGUACCUUGAUCUCUCAUCCUCGGAUUCCGUGCAAGCCAACGUCGUUACCAUCUAUCAACAUCUACGAUCACGGUCUAUGCCGAUUACCAAGAAUUCAAAUCACUAUUGGCCGGAAGAAGCUUUGGAAACCCUUCGUUUAUGGGCUAACCAAGGCUUUCGACGAUCAGCUACGGACCCAAUCAGAUAUCGCGAGGUUAUUCCUGAAGCACAGAAUUCAGAAAUCAAUUUCAGAACCAGGAAGGAUAUCAGCAACUUGACACCAUCAGAACUCCAAAUGUACCGCGAGAAGCUGGAUGAUGUUCUUCUAGUGGGACAGUUAGAAUCCAAAUGGCAAGAACUUGGAUUACUGCAUGCCGAGUGGUGUCUCCAUUACCAAGAAGCCUUCAUCUUCUGGCACCGCGCGUACCUUAAAUAUGUGGAGGAACUAAUCGACUUUGCCGUCCCCUACUGGAACGGUUUCGCAGCGGAAUCAGGCGAUCCAUCCUCGCCCCAUGCCGGAAUUCCAUCGGCAUUCCUAGAUGAAACUUAUAUUCACUCCAACGGUGAGCGGCGGAAAAAUCCAUUAAAAUAUGCUCUCUCACUGGGUGGAGAGAACAAGUCACGCACAUCUAAGUAUGUGGAGCGUUGCCAGGAGCUUGUGGACGGUCGUACCAAUCCGCUAUGGGCAAAAAAAGUCUCCAUGUUGGCUCUGUAUCACCAGCAAAUUGCCAAUGCAUUCAGCCAGGAAGACUUUUCUCUCCGUGAGGGUCACGGCUAUCCAUGGGGCAAUGUACCCGAUUUCUCCGAGAACCAGCCUGAUAGCCUUUACCCCGAAGCUGCCCGGCAGUAUUUUGACGGUCUCUUUGAACAGGUCCAUGAUAAUUAUCAUGGAUGGAUAGGCCGAGACAUGGCUGACAACUCUUAUACCGCGUUCGACCCAAUUUUUCUCAGCUAUCAUGCAAACAUGGACCGGAUUGCAGAAAUGUACCUACGUAGCGGCUAUUCACGCCAGUUUUCUUCAAACUUCCCACUUCGCCCCUUCGUAGACAACGCUUCCUCUCUUUCCUAUGACGAGCCCUGCGAAUAUCGAUACACAACUUUGGGAGACAUGGCAAAGCCUACCCAGGCCAUGCGGUAUUUGUAUGCGCCACCGGCAGCACCCGACUUCUUAUCGAUCACCCAAGUUGAGAAAAAGAGUGCAUCUGUACCGUCCGGUGGGACAUCAGUGGUUUUGACAGCGGAUGAAUGGAAGGCUCGGCUCAAAUCUGCAAUACCUCAGACAGAGACUGAUUACCGACGGUAUACCCCGUAUGUUGUAUUUUCCGGUAUAUCCUGCUUGAAAGAAACCUAUCAAAUUGAUGUUUUUGUUCUCGGGGCUGGGUCUUGUGAUCCCGAUGUAGCGACGAAUUUGGAUUACAUUGGACAAGUGACGAGACUCGGAAUGGGGAAUGGAAGAGGAGAGGAAACUGGAAUCCGUAAUCCUCACCGAUGUGAAAAGAAGCCAAUCACAAGAAUCUUGAAUGCUGGACAUGUCGCAGAAAGGCUGCGACGCAAACCUGAGAUUCAACAGGUUGUCACUGAAGUCAGCACUGGAAGACAUAUUGAGGACCGUGAGUGGCAAAAACUGCCAGGUUUUGAAGGCCACCUUAUCUGGCUCAAAAAAGAUGAGAACAAUAAAAUUUUUUUUGAUUUUUUGAUGGGUCUUGAAAACGAAAACAUCCCGAGAUUGCAAGCCGGGCCGCGCGCGAUCCAGUUUCAGUAUCCUGCGGUCGACGUGAACUGCAGAUUGAAGAAUAUUGACACAAGUUUUAAGGAUGUCUCCUCUUUCUUCUUUACGAAUAGUAACUAA